AGGAGACCUCAGCUCCAGUUGUCCAAGUCUCAUAAUCUCCAUCGGAGAUUCGACGCUCUCUGCGAAAGCGGAAAGAAAGUGAAUUUUUGGAGGAGAUCGCGACCGCGACGCGACGCUACGAUUACUUAAUCCGCGUUCAGGCAUCGAACCCUGGAGCCCGCGAUCUUAAACAGUUUUCGGAGGCGCAAACUAAUGGCCCCAAACUGAACUGACUUCGCCCCGCCCCCGUCGCUCUAUCGAUGAUAGUUGGGCGGAGAAACGCCGAGUAUUUGAAUUUAUUAAAGACAAAAGACCGUUGAUCUGAUAUCUAAAUAUUGAUAAUUUAGAAAGCGAAGAGCUGCAUACCAAAUACUCGUCUUAGGAGUCGCCAGAUCUGAAGAGACACAUUCGGCCACAGUCAGUCAGUCGGUUUUCAGUUACAGCUCGAGAUCGGAGGUUACUGCUUUCUCCGAGGCGCGUAAAAAGUACACUUGGUGUCUAGUAGGUCCGCGUGAAAAGCAACAGAAACAAAGUGAUAAUGUUACGCCCCACGCUACUCGUAGUGCUCAUGUCGCUGGCCAGUGUCGAUUCCGGCUAUAAUAAACCCCAACACUCCACCAAAGUACACGCACCCACACCCUCACAUGCCGCGAAAGUAUCCAACCUGCCGCACGGAUUCCAUACCAGCACUAACAUCACAAGUGUUCCCAUUCCCGCCGAGAUUCAUGCAGAGCCCCAGCCCAUCACCAGUGGCCGUGAUAAGAGAGGCGCCAAUACCAACGCCAAUCCCAGUCCAAACUUCCAGCUGGACCAGAGCGAGUUGGCCCGCCAGAAUCAGAUAACGCAACAGAUAUUUGCCAACUAUCUGGAGCGCCGGCUGUUUCCCAAUCGAAGUGCCAACCAGAAGAUACCCACGAUAGCCGACAUUCUGCCCAAGCCGAAGCCAUCGCCUAGGCCGCGGCCAAGAGGCUUUGCCGCCAGCGAUUCUUCAGGCAACUUUAAGAGGAGCGGAGGAGGAGCUCAGCGGAAUCGCUUGGCAGCGGCGGCCACGAAAAGGCAAACGGGCUCUAGUAGGAGGCGACCUGAAGAGGACGAGGAUGAGGAUCAGCAGACACAGGCCAACCAGGAGGACUUUGACUACGAUGUGCAGGAGUCGCUGCAGAGCGUGGAGUCAGAGCAGCAUGAUCAGUACUAUGGCAACAUAUUCCAUCGGGAUCCCAGCGAGAAUGAAGUGGAUGCGGACUGCCCGAACUGCGUGGACGAGUCACAGUACACGCCAAACAAGUGGACAAUGCCGCUGCUGAAGCUCGGCGAGAAGCGCUACUACCUCGGCAUCUUCUUCAAGGCGAACUGGUUCAAAGCCACCCAAUACUGCCGCUACCAUGGCAUGCAUCUGGCCAGCAUUUCAUCACAGGAAGAGAACGAUAGACUGGAGAAGCACAUACGUGACUUUGGCCUGGGCCACGAACAUUUCUGGAUUUCCGGCACCGACCUGGCCGAUGAGGGUAACUUCUUCUGGAUGGCCACCGGUCGGCCCAUCACAUUCACCAACUGGAACGCCGGCGAGCCGAACAACUUCCGGUACGAGAAUGGCGAGGAGGAGAACUGUUUGGAGCUGUGGAAUCGCGAUGGCAAGGGCCUCAAGUGGAACGAUUCACCCUGCAGCUUUGAGACCUACUUUGUCUGCGAAGUGCAGCCCAAUUAGGAACGCAGAAUCCGCAGGAUCCACAGGAUCUUAACCUGAUUAGUAAGCUAGCAGCCGCUAAAGGGAAAAAGUGGAUGUGAAUGUGCAUAAUGUUAAGCUGAUAGACAGACACAGCCUGAUGAUCGGACGAAAUUCGCGUAAUCUUAGCUUAGUUGCGUAAGUGUAAAAAAUUCUUGUUGAUAAUUAGCUAGUAGAACUAAUUAAAUUAUG